AUGAUCUUUCGCAAGCAGUCGCCGGACACGGAGGUCUUGAACCGGGAAAUCCGGAUCAUGAAGUCUUUGGAUCACCCGAACAUCCUCAAGCUCAUCGACGUCUUCGAAGACCAUCGGUUCAUAUAUCUCGUCAUGGAGCUGUGCUCGGGAGGCGAGCUUCUUGAUCGCAUUAUCACGCUCGGGCACCUGACGGAAGCCUUGGCUUCCAGCCUUAUGGCUCAGAUCUUGCGGGCGAUCUGCUACGUCCAUGCGCAAGGUGUCGCUCAUCGAGACUUGAAGCUGGACAAUUUCCUGAUCGCCGAUGGCGAUGCGACCCAGCUGGAGGACUCGACAGUGAAAUUG